AUGUGUAAUCUCGAGCUUCUGUUCUAUGCAGCUUCGCAUGAGUGGUACGACUAUCUGUCAGAGGCAGCAACUACCUAUGCCAGAACCCUAUUGAGAACACAUCUUCGAAAAGAGCCCACUCGUCGAAGAGAAGGCUAUGAUGGAAUGCUCUACAGUACAUAUCACGUGGUAAACUUCGUCCCUUCUGCAGGGGAUAUCAAGGAGGUUCGUACUACUCAGGGCUACUCUCCAGAAUCGACAUGGUCUCGAGGACAAGCUUGGGCCAUUCUAAGCUACGCUCAGACAUAUAAUUGGACAAAAGAGGACGACUUUCUCGUUGUAGCGUGCGGACUUGCGGAAUACUUCCUUCUCAGAAUGGAAGACUCGCCAGCUUGUGCCGAGAUUCUACAGACAGAUGGGGACAGCACAAGCUCCGAAAAGGCUGGCAGGUUCGUUCCAUUAUGGGACUUUGAUGCGCCCUACAUCAUCCUUAUUUACGAUAUGAAGGCAAUUGACCUCGAUAUUUGA